CAGACCCGGCGACCACGUCGUCGUCGACGUAUCAUUGAAAGGAACAGCAACAACUGCAGAAGAGCAGUUUGAUCAUUAACUCGACGAUUGAUUAGGGCGGUGUGACAAUGUGACAAUGUCCUCGCGUCGUUAAAGUAUGCUUCAGGAAGGAAGUGUAAGUGGUAUUUCAGUGAGAAGUGUACUAAUGUCUGUCUUAAAGAAUUCUAAAAGGAAAGAGGAAUAAGUAUUUGAAAUUGACUAAAAAAUUUUAUCUGACAUUUAUGAAAUUAGAUGAGAGUAACAUUCGUUCUCGCAAGUUUUAGGCUAUUGACUGUGAUGUCUUAUUCGUGAUUCUGUUCUGUGAUUCAGAUAAAAGGAAAACCGAACAAGAAUUAGGAACGGAUUCACAAUCGGGACAAUACACACAUGAACUUCUCGAUGUUAUGAAAUCGGAACACGGUGAAUUCAAGAGUCUAGGAUGGGAAAAGUUGGUGACAUGUGUUAGUGAUUCUGUAGAAAUGAUCAAAACAUUAACAUAAACCUGCGUUGGAGAUUUCAACAGAUUCUUAAAUCUAGUAGUUUCAACAUUAGACCUACUAUGAUCAAUGAUAUCCAAGGACAAUGAUGGACUACCACUGAGAAAACACAAUUAUUUCAGGAAACAAUCAAAAAUCAAAAACUGUCCAUUACAGUGAAUAUGUACCAAUCUUUUUCUUAUUUCAAAUUCCAAAUUCCUUAUUUCUUUUGUGUUGAAACAGAACUCUGCUUGCAACUUAACCCUGUUUGUGCUAAAGACAAGACUUUGCAGUAUUCAGAGGAGAAUGAAUGAGAUGUACAUAAAGCUUGUUUUCCAAUUUGCAAAACCACACAAACAACUUUGAAAUCAUCAUAAAUCGUUCCCAUGGUUAUAAUUGAGAUUUUAAACAACGGCAACAACAAAACCAGUGAUUUGAACUUGACACGAGACAGGAAUUCAGCACAUUUUCGGUGUUAUUUAUCAACGAGGACAACGAACAUAGGUUACAACCAAGAUCGUCCCAUGGCAUACAGGCGACAUUAUUGAGCAAGGGAUGCUAUAGUUUGAAACAAAGACUCGCCAAGCAAACUUUUGAAGCGUCUGCUACAGAGAAAGGGCGUACCAGCAGACGACAUUCCAGGAGAAUCACCGCUAUCAAGAGUCAAUAAAGACCAGUCUUUAUUAAUUCUUGCCGAAAUGUAAAUUCCAAGAAGAGGACGAAAUUUGAAGCACUUCAUAAACUUUAGAUCUUCAUAAAUUUCAAGUGGCUAUCUGCCCAAUAGGCUAAGACCUCAAGCUUACUUUAUCUUCGGCAUAUUCGGAAGCAUUUUUAGCAAAAAUGGCGGAAAAGACUGAAGAAUGCGAUGAGAUGUGCCAGUAUCUUCAAGACUAUAGCCUCAACACAAACGACUCGUACGUUAACGAGGAGGUCAACCAGGGUGACGACACGUGCGAUUGGGCUAAAGACCACCCCAUAUUUUACGUCACACAUCAGGUGUGCCUACCCGUGAUCUGCGUCGUGGGAAUCCUUGCGAUAAUCCUGACCAUCAUAGUCCUAAAUCGCAAAUCAAUGUGGACAUCGACGAAUUGCUACCUAACGGCGCUGGCGAUCGCAGACCUGGUAUUUCUGAUGUUUCUUGCCACGAAGGUCCUAGAUGGAAAGAUCGAGUAUCACGUGUUUGAGAUGUAUUUCCAUUAUGCGGAAAUCAUGAUUAACACGUGUUUGAUUGUUUCUGUCUGGCUGACGGUCGUCCUCGGGAUCGAACGAUACAUCGCGAUAUGCCAGCCUUUACACGCCACCAUGAUCUGUACGGUUCGCCGAGCGAGAAUCGUGACCGUCCUCAUCUUCCUCCUGGCAUUUGCCUGCCGAUCGCCGCUUUUUUUCGAGAAGACGAUCACCAUAGAAACCGAUGUAAACAACAAAACGUCAAUGAGACUCGAAGUGAACCAGGUGAUGGACAACAACCAUUAUUUGGCGGCGUACGGUUGGAUUGUCGAUUUCUUCAUCACAGCCGUAUUACCGUUCCUCCUGCUCUCCGUACUCAACAUCCGGUUAAUCUACGAAGUCCGCAAGUCGACGCUUUACAUGAAGCGCCACCUGAUACCGAUUCACGACAUGAGAAACCUCGUCAAGCGCGAAGAGUUGAAAAUCACUGUGAUGCUCAUCGCGAUAAUUGUCGUAUUUUUCCUCCUGCAGGCCCCGUUCGUGAUCUGCAAUGCCAUCUAUGCGAUACCGAAUCUCUGGUACUGGCAAAGCACCUGCUGGUUCCAGAUUUUUCGCAUGGUUGCCAUCAUUCUCAUCGCGGUAAAAACGGCCGUGAACUUUGCGUUAUAUUGUUGGUUCAGCGAGCGAUUCUGGACGACGUUCAAGAAAAUCUUCUGCAUUGAGCAGUGCAUGGUCCGGUACUACGUGGCAGGAAAGAAACCGACAGAGGGGACCACUAACGGAAGCAGUCAUACAGUGCCCAGGUAUUCCAACUUUAAAGUCGUCGGCGAUGAGUAGCGGAUGGUCGGGGAGCGCUUGGUUGGCAUACUGGACGAAUAAAGCAGACUCCUCGUCUUCUCAGCAGCAGUAUGUCUAAGAUUCGGACAUUAACGAUGGAAUUAUGGGCGGAUUCUAGAUGGGAUCGCAUCAGUACCGAUAGGAUUUGGACGUAAAAACGAUGGAAUUAUGGACAGAAUCCGAACGGUAUUGCAGAAGUAUGUCAAAGAUUCGGACGUAAAUGAUGGAAUUUUAGAAAUUUCAGGAGACAAGCUUUAGCUUUUGAAGCGCUCGGGGUUAAGUGGCGAAACUAUUUUUUUAAUGAAGAUUUUCAGCAGGAAAACUAGACAAAAUCGUGAAAAAAGAGAUGUAGAAUUUCAGAAGGUAAUAUAUUCAUAACUUUGAAAACGUUGUUAAGUUAUAAACAGAGUAUUAACACGCUUUAAUUAGUAUAUCAUAUAUCAACAAUAAGUUUUAGGCACCCAACUGCAUGUACAAUAUGAUAUUGCACCAACGUAAAAUGCUAGUUAACCAUUUCACCAUCAGAUGGAAGCACUGUCACCAUAUAAUGUAAGUUCACAUUUCUACCAACAGAUGGAAGCACCGUCAUCAUUACAAGUGCACUAUAUAAUGUUAGUUCACCAUUUCAACAUCAGAUGGAAGCACUGUCACCAUUAUAAAUGUGCUAUAUAAUGUUAGUUUACCAUCCUACCAUCAGAUGGAACCACUGUCAACAUAACAUGUUUGUGUUAGUUCUCCAUUCUGCCAUCAGGUAGAAGCACUGCCACAAUUAUCAUGAUCGUAAUUGAUACCAAAUGUAUUCAUCCAUCAUCAAUAUUUUGUGUCAGACAGUCAGUCGCACUACUAUGUACCAUCCCACCUGCCCAAGUCAGAAAUCCCAUCACUAGCAACAAAAUAAAACUUGUGUGUUUAUGAAUUUUGCUGGCAGUACAUGGAGAGGGGUGUGUCAGCUUUGAGAAUCAGAAACAGCAGAUGAUGUCACCUAUAACACAGUAAAACCAAGACUAUCCCAAUGUGUUCUUGCAAUAGAAACUUUACAAUACUUCAAAGAGGUGCUUUGUUCAUUCACCAUGUUCACAUGUAUUUACUGUUGGUCCAACUAUAUUUAUUUCCUAUUUCUAAGGCCAGGCAAAGGGCCCUAAUUCUGGGCCAAUUAGAAAUAAAUAAAUAAAUUCAGACAAUUUGAACUUUAAACAACCAUGCCUGUCCAGAAAAGAUUCAAUUGAUCAUCUUUUGUGAGCACUAUUAUUCCUG